UCAGGAAGUGAGGUAAUUCAAAACAGGAAAUUUUGCAUCAGAGAACAGUCGACAGCUGCAGCAGAAGCUAGGUUUCUUGGAAGUUCUAUUUGAGCUAACUGCAACAAAAUGAAAUUCUCUCAUUUCCUACUACUUAUAUUGAUUGUGUUACUUGAAAAUUUGCACGCUCAGUGCACAACAAUAAGAAAAAUCGGUCGUGGUAGUAGCCGCAUGAAAAGAGAGCAGUGCCAAGAUGGAUAUGGGGAGUAUGAAGGGCGGAAAUGCUGCCAAUGUCCACCUGGUUAUCAUGUGGACAAGUGCAGUCAAAACAAUGGAACAGAAUGUCUGCCCUGUGAAGGGGAAUCAUAUCGUGACCAUGCCAAUUUAUUGGAUUCCUGUGAGCCAUGCACGUCCUGUAACCCUACAGCAAAUCUGGAAACAGAAGAAAAAUGCACUGUGAUGCGGAACACAGUCUGCACAUGCAAGAAGGGAUACUACUGUGAGGAAGCAGUCAGAGAGGAAUGCAAAGCAUGCCAUUCCUGCAAAAAAUGUGAAGACGGCUUUGCUAUUGAAGAAGAGUGCAAGCCCACCAGCGAUACUGUCUGCAAGAAAGUAGGAGGUGGUGCAUUGUGGGCACUCAUUGUUCUACCAAUUAUUUUUGCGAUUGCGAUUGUGUAUUUUUUUAAAAAAAGAAAGCUUUUUUGUUUUGCAGAUAAACCGAAAGACAACUGUGUCGAGGACCCAGACCCAGACAAGGACAACGAUAUAAAUGAACGCAUUCCACUUAAACACAUAGACCUCACUCCCCACCUGAAUGACAUAGUGAAGGAAUUAGGGCCAAGAAGUACAACAGAGCUGGUCAGAGGCGACUUAAAAGAUACUGUUAUACAAUUUCACAAAGAGGAUACUCAAAAUGACUCUCAGGAAAGAUACUACAGAAUACUGAAGGAUUGGUGUGAACAGCAAGGUCUCGAAAAUGCUGCUCCAAAUUUAAUUCAGAAAUUGAAUGACAAGGGCAUGAAUACAACUGCUGAUAAAAUAAAGAAGAUAAUUCUGACUGGGAAGAAGAAGUAAUAGGGCUGCCGGAUGGCUCAUCUGGUAGUGCACUGGGUUUCAGUGUGUGAUGUGGCUCUUGAUUUGCAAUGGAAACCAGACUGUGCACCAUUUUGUGCCCUGUCCCCGGUGGAUCAUGUUACUGCCCUGGUAUGGGAAAACAAGUGCCUGGUCAAUGUUGUUUUCAAAGAAAAUUGGUUGGGGGGUGAUCUGGGUAAGGGACUGUGCUGUGGUGCAUGGAUGAGCCCCACGGUCUCUGAUUGAAUCCAGACCAUGCAGAAUUGAUGAUUGUCGCCUAGGGUACCAGUGGGCUUGGUUGGUUAGGGGCCCGCCCCUUUUCGAUUGGGUGUCUGCAUGCCAAAGUCGCAUGUGAGAGGCUUUCAUCUGAUCAAAUUCUAUGCAAGCUUGGCUGUGGACUGUGUUGUGAAAAAAACUCAUUAUUAGACAUAGUUUCAGCUCAAUAUUAGAUGUACUUUCGGAUGAUUCUACUUGGUUUAAUGGAGAAAAGUCCAACAGUUGACAUACCCAGGGAUUAUUGUUUUUGUAUUCUGUAAUUCCUCAAAAGUGUACUAUUCCCCAGUAUCUCUGGUGGUUUUAAGACUCAGGUAAGACAUCCAUAUUUGUGUAACUUUAUGGAAUUUUGUAAGUAAGAAAAUGAAAAUUUUAUGAUGGGUGUUCAGAGACUGCUGGCCAGUUCAAUUAAUAAAUGAAUAAUAAAAAAAACAGUCUAAACAGAA